AUUCUCUGUUUCACUCAUCAAACUCUCCACUAUUGUCUGAUCUUUGUGUUCCUCAGCUCUUUCUUCUAAGUUGAAAUCAUAUUUGACCAAAUAUGCCACCCCCAAAUGACCCAUAUCCCUCCCAUGACUCCCCUUUUACGUCCGUAUCAUCUUUUCCUAUCACUCUUAAGUUUACGGACGUGAGCUAUAGGAUAAAAGUUGAACGCCACGCGGCAAAGGGAGGGAGGCUAAGAAGGAUGUUUUGGAGUGGGAGUGGGCCCACAUCCUCUUCUAAUCUCGAAAAUCAAACGACGCCGCAUGAUGAACGGACCAUCUUGAGCGGGAUUACCGGGAUAGUUCACCCGGGAGAGAUCUUAGCCGUUCUCGGCCCCUCGGGGAGCGGCAAAUCGACGCUCCUAAAUGCUCUUGCAGGGAGGCUCCAAGGUCACUGCCUCACCGGAACAGUUCUCGCCAAUAACCGGAAACUCAGCAAACCGGUUCUCAAGCGAACCGGGUUCGUGGCCCAGGACGACCUCCUCUACCCGCACCUCACGGUCCGCGAAACCCUGGUCUUCUGCGCGCUCCUCCGGCUCCCCGGUUCGGUCCACAAGAGAGACAAAAUCGCGACGGCGGAGUCGGUGAUCGCCGAGCUGGGGCUGGAGAAAUGCGAGAACACGAUCAUCGGGAACGCCUUCGUCCGGGGAGUCUCCGGCGGGGAGCGAAAGCGGGUGAGCAUAGCGCACGAGAUGCUGAUAAACCCGAGCCUGCUAAUCCUGGACGAGCCGACGUCCGGUCUGGACUCGACCGCCGCCUUCCGGCUAGUUUCCACGCUGAGGUCGCUGGCUCAGAAGGGCAAAACCGUACUCACGUCGGUUCACCAGCCGUCGAGCCGGGUUUAUCAGAUGUUCAGCUCGGUUCUGGUUUUGUCGGAAGGCCGGAGUUUAUAUUUCGGGAAAGGGAAUGAAGCCAUGUCGUAUUUCGAGUCGAUUGGGUUUUCUCCGUCUUUUCCCAUGAACCCUGCUGAUUUCCUCCUUGAUCUCGCUAAUGGGGUGUGCCAGCAUGAUGGUGUGGUAAGUGAGAUAGAUAGGCCAAGUGUGAAGCAAAAACUAGUGUCCUCUUACAACUCCAUAUUGGCCCCAAAGGUAAAAGCUGCAUGCAUGGAACGCACACCAACUUUAGCGUCCUCCCAUAAUGUUUCAUCAUAUCCUAACAACAAACAAAGGAGCUUCGUCAUAUUUUCCUCCAUUUGGUUCAACCAGUUCUCCGUUCUCCUCCACCGAGGCCUCAAAGAACGCCGCCACGACACCUUCAACGCCCUCCGAGUCUUCCAGGUCCUCGCCGCCGCCCUCCUAGCCGGCGCCAUGUGGUGGCACUCCGACUACACCGACGUCCAAGACCGCCUCGGUCUGCUCUUCUUCAUCUCCAUCUUCUGGGGCGUCUUCCCAUCGUUCAACGCCGCCUUCGCCUUCCCCCAGGAGCGAGCCAUCUUCGUGAAGGAGAGGGCUUCCGGCAUGUACACGCUCUCCUCCUACUUUGUGGCGAGGGUCGUCGGAGAUCUCCCCAUGGAGUUGAUCCUCCCCACGUUGUUCGUCACUAUUCUCUACUGGAUGGCGGGGCUGAAACCUGAGAUCUUGGCGUUUGUGUUUACGGUGUUGGUCGUGCUGGGAUACGUGGUGGUGUCGCAGGGCCUGGGGCUCUUCCUCGGCGCGGUUAUUAUGGACGCCAAACAGGCCUCCACCGUCGCCACCGUCACCAUGCUGGCGUUUGUCCUCACCGGCGGAUUCUACGUGCACCGUGUGCCGCCGUGCCUGGCGUGGAUCAAGUACAUCUCCACCACGUUUUACUGCUACCGCCUCCUGAUCGACGUCCAGUACGGUGAAGGCGAAGGGAUUUCGUCGCUUCUGGGUUGCUCACGCGGUAGCGCCGCCGCCGGUUGUAAGUUCGUCCGGGAUGAUAUUCAGGGCCAAAUUCAUCCCGCCACUAGCGUCGCCGUCUUGGUGGUUAUGUUCUUGGGGUACAGGUUGGUCGCUUAUCUUGCAUUGAGGCGUAUUAAGGCCUGAAAUAUUAUCUAGCCAAGAUGACAAGAAAUUCUACUCUUGAAAUCACAAGAUCAGAGUUUAAAUACUUGCUUCUUUGUCAGCUAGAAUCACAAUGUUUAGUCACACUGAAAAGAUUUUUAGGUUUUUCUCGUCAUCAUCUAAAAAAACUUGAAAUAUUUGACCCUGUUAGAUGGUGAAGUUUUAUUUGUGAUCAUAGGUUUCUGCUAAUUAAUGUUCCUGGGAUUUUGGUUAUUCCUGAUGAGUAGCAUCAAUUAAGCUAAUUAAGGAGCAAUUUGUAACA